AUGGAAUACAACUCUCAUGUGUGGGCCGGUGCUUCGAAGUCUAUUUUGGAGUUACUCGAUCGCGUACAGGAGUGGGCGAAGAUGCUUAUCGGUAACAGUAGGGUAUCCAGCUCUAUUGACUCACUGGAACAUCGUCGCAAUGUUCGCACCCUGUUUGUCAGUGGUUUGCCCAUGGAUGCUAAGCCACGUGAACUAUAUUUAUUGUUUAGAGCUUAUGAGGGUUAUGAAGGAUCUCUAUUAAAAGUAACUAGUAAAAAUGGUAAAACUGCAUCGCCUGUUGGCUUUGUAACAUUCCAUACUCGAGCUGGCGCAGAAGCCGCUAAACAAGAUUUACAGCAGGGUGUACGCUUCGAUCCCGAUAUGCCCCAAACAAUACGCUUGGAAUUCGCCAAGAGUAACACGAAAGUGAGCAAACCCAAACCACAGCCCAAUACAGCGACAACAGCCUCACAUCCUGCAUUGAUGCACCCACUCACUGGACAUUUGGGUGGGCCAUUCUUUCCGGGCGGACCCGAGUUAUGGCAUCAUCCGUUAGCAUAUUCGGCUGCAGCAGCUGAAUUGCCAGGAGCAGCCGCUCUGCAACAUGCUACACUAGUACAUCCGGCACUGCAUCCUCAAGUGCCAGUGCGCUCUUAUCUUUGA